AUGAAACAUGAUUUGAAGCUUGCUAAAACAGAUCCAGCCAUUGAGACACUUACUUUUGACCUAGAGAAAACUCACAGCUUACCACGGCUACCAACGAGUAUCGUCUAUUACAAAAGACAAUUGAAUUUGUUCAAUCAGGGAAUACAUUGUGGCAGCAGUGGUAAGGGUUUUUUUUACGUUUGGUUAGAAUAUGAAGCAAGCCGGGGAACGCAAGAAGUGGGAUCAUGUCUCCGAAAAUUCAUUUCUGAGCAUUUGAAGACUACAGCCACCAGAUUGAUACUUUGGGCUGAUUCUUGUGGUGGCCAAAACCGAAGCAUAAAGAUGGUUUUGAUGCUGCAACAUAUUCUCCAAAAUCAUUCCACUCUAGAAACUAUCACCUUGCGAUUCUUACAGCCUGGUCAUACUUUUUUACCGAAUGAUUCUGAGUUUGGAGAUGUUGAAUGUGCUUUGAAAACUCAUAAUCGUCUCUACACAGAUAAGGACUACAUCCACGUAAUGACAAAUUGCCGACGCAAAAAUCCCUUUGUAGUAACCAGACUUAGUAAAACUGAUUUUGUAUCGGUAUCGCCCCUUCAGAAAUUGAUCACCAAUCGCAAAUUGGAUAUUGAAAAAAAUAAAAUUUCUUGGUUGAAUACGUGUGAAAUUGAAUUACGAAAAGUCGAUCCUUUUAAACUGUAUAUGAACAGCAGACUCGGAGAUGACCCAAAAAUUGUGGACAUAUCGAAAGGUGGUCGUAAAAACAGAACAACGUUUGAUACCGAGUUACCGUUAUUAUGGCCUGAUGGUCGUGAAUUAUCAGCUGCGAAAAUAAAAGACUUAAAGGAAAUGAUGAGACUGGUUCCAAAUGAUUCGAAAAGUUUUCAUGAUUUUUUGAAAACUGUUACAUCUGGGGAUUUUGAGGAUGAUGCAGAAGGAUUUGGUGCGUCCAUCGAUUUUGAUGUUGAAAAAAAUAAUGAUUUGACAGCUGAUUUGGAAUAA